ACUCUACCUUACUCUAUGUCUGUGACUGACUACUACUUUGACUCUCUGACCAACUUUGACAGUGACAUUAAACGAUUUUGUUGUUUUGAGCAAAGAGUAAUGUAAUAUUAGUUUUGAGUUUCUGUUGGUAAAUCUAUAUAAUGGCAGGGACGUAUUACUUUGUCAUUGUAGGUCAUUCGGAUAAUCCGAUUUUCGAGAUGGAUUUCAUUCCUGUCACAAAAGAGACUAAGAAGACAACAGACAUCUGAAUCAGUUCAUUGCCCAUGCUGCCUUGGAUUUAGUUGAUGAACAUAUGUGGAAAGUAACCAAUACUUACCUUAAGUCAGUUGACAAAUUUAAUCAAUGGUUUGUGUCUGCAUUCGUCACUGCUAGCCAGAUGCGUUUUAUUAUAGUACAUGAUGCCCGUAACGAAGAAGGUAUCAAGAAUUUCUUUACAGAAGUUUAUGAAACGUAUAUCAAAUUGAUGCUUAACCCAUUUUACAAAGAAGAUACAGUUAUCAGUUUUCCAGCAUUUGAGAAAAAAGUCCAAUUUUAUGGGAAGAAGUAUCUGACAUGAUGUAAAGAUUAUUUAAUCGAAUUGUAUGUAUAAUUAUAUUGUAAAUACCGUUACUGUUAAGAAUAUGUAAUUU